CAGAUUCCCAAAUGCAAGAACAUGCAGAUACGUGGCUCACUAAUCCUCCUAUCUCUCUCUUUUAAAUCUGAGAAAAGCGUUAGUCAGAGCGUGAUGGGACAUGGAGCCAGACAGACUAUAACAUGCCGCUACGAUUUCCAUAAAUGAAAAAGUGGAGUUUCUUUAAUCAGACUCUUUCCUGGGUAUUGAAGUACAGGGGAUUAAAGAUGAUGGUCAUUGUCUUCUUUGCUCUGUUGCUCGCAUCAGGUGGAUUUCCGCCUGCACAGACCUCAUGUCCUUCUCAGUGCAGCUGCCACUAUCACAACCUGAGUGAUGGAUCCAGGGCCAGGAGUGUGAUUUGUAAUGACCCUGCAAUAACCCUGGUGCCUGCCAGCUUCCCCACUGAUACAUCCAGUCUCAGAAUAGAAAAAACAGCUAUAAAGAGGAUCCCCAGUGAAGCAUUUAAAUACCUCCCAAAUCUGGAGUUUUUGUGGAUGUCCUUCAAUGUAUUGUCAUCAGUGAACGUGGACAGCUUCCGUGGACUGAACAGUCUGGAAGAGCUAAGGCUUGAUGGAAAUUCCCUUACUGCUUUUCCUUGGGAGUCCUUAAAGUAUAUGCCUAACCUAAAGCUCCUUGACUUGCACAGUAACAAACUCUCUUCAGUCCCUACAGAGGCAGUAAAGUACAUAAGGCCUUUAACAUACCUGGAUCUCUCCAGCAAUAACCUGCUGACGAUGCCGACUGAAGUCCUUACUACUUGGAUGACAGUCAAACCCAUCCAAGGAGCAGAGAAUUCAAAAAUUAUUCUUGGACUCCAUGACAAUCCUUGGCUUUGUGACUGUCGGUUGUAUGACCUGGUCCAGUUCCAAAAGUCUCCAUCACUGGCUGUGGCCUUCAUUGACACCAGCCUGAGGUGUACUGCUCCUGAGAGUCUCUCAGGAGUUCUGUUCAGUGAUGCUGACUUGAGACGAUGCCAGGAGCCCAAGGUUCAUUCAGCUGUAUCCCGCAUCAGGAGCACAGUGGGCAGCAAUGUGUUACUGCGGUGUGGUGCUGUUGGCGUCCCCAUGCCUACGUUGACAUGGAGAAGGGCAGAUGGGAAAACGUUGAAUGGGACAGUUAAACAAGAGAACUCUAAAGAUGGAAUUGUUUGGUCUAUUCUAAAUGUGCCUGUUGUCUCCUUCCAUGACUCUGGGAAAUACAUAUGCAAAGCAACAAACUAUGCUGGGAGUGCAGAGGCUUUGAUUGCUUUAAUCAUAAGCAAGUCUCCAAAGUUAGACAAUGGAACUGAAACUGUAAAGAAAAUCAAAGAAGACAAACAAAACCCUGCUGAAAAAGAAAAAAUUAUUACCAAAUAUAUUUCCCCAAGACCCUCUUCUGUUCCUGUAAUAACAAGUCCUAUGGUUUACACUGGUCCCUAUCCUGGCAUGCAGAGUGACAGCGUUGCAGAGAGUGGGACGAACACACAUCCAACUAGUCCUGAUCGACUUCUAGAGGCCAAUCUGAGCAACCUCGCAGCCAAUGCCUCCUCUCUGCAGCAAGACCUUAACAGGAUUGUUCGCUCAGUCAAAGUGGUUGGAGAUACAGACUAUUCUGUGUGCCUAACCUGGAGAGCCCCAAAAGCCAAUAACUCGACUGCCUUUAGUGUGCUGUAUGCAGUAUUUGGAGAGAGGGACAUGCGCAGAAUCAAUGUCAGUCCUGGAAACAAUCGAAUCAUCAUUGAAGGCUUGGUUCCAAAAACCAAAUACAUUGCCUGUGUGUGUGUAAAAGGUCUGAUCCCUAAAAAAGAGCAGUGUGUAAUCUUUUCCACAGAUGCAGCAGCAAGUGCUAAUGGGACCCAAAAGCUUAUUAAUGUAGUUGUAAUAUCCGUUGCCUGUGUGAUAGCUGUGCCUCUGACUGUGGUCGUCUGUUGUGGAGCACUUAAGAGGAAAAUCCAAAAACUUCUGAGCAAAAAGUCCAAAGAUAUUCAGGAUUCAUAUGUAACAUUUGAGAGUCUUUCGCCCAGCACAAAGGCCAAAGGCCUGGAGGGGGACUAUCUGUCCAAACUGAACCCAGAGGAGUCCAAUAGAUUGCUAUCAGCCAGGUCUAGCCUGGACUCUGAGUCCAUCACUCAGAUUGAAGAACAGCGAAACGAGUACUUGUGCUGACAGUUUUCCUCAAUCACUACUCCAUCAACCAGCGUAAGUAUCCAUGCUCAGCACCAGUAUCAGAAUGCACAUAGUUUAUACCAGAACUGCUUUGCUGAGCAUUGCUCAACAAUUCCAGUUAGUAACUAAGGACACAAUGAGAUGGCUUUGAGUCUCUCCCUUUGAUUUAAUAUUGUUCUCUUUUACUAUAGUCACAGUCUUAAUUAAAAGACUAAGCCAUAUGGCUGGUGGUGGGGUUGUGGUUGAGGAAUCUCUGAAGCAUGCACACACACACAAACUACUAACUGACUGUAAUGUACUUAGAGUAUACAUUUAAUACAGUAUGUGUUCAUCUUUGUAUUCCACUGAUAAAUUAAAUUAAGUAAAUUAAAUAUCAAUGGACAUAACGCUUUCAAUCCCAUGGUGACUGAAAUUAUUAUUAUUAUUAUUAUUAUUAUUAUUAUUGUGUUGGUAAAUUAUUAAACACUAAUGGAGUAUUACAUAUAGCAUUACAUAAUAUUUCAGUAUUUGGUUAUUUAGCAAAUGUGUGACUUGUGCCACUGAUUUGUGUUUUG